AUGUCUACAUUCUGCAUCACGCCUACAGCUGCUUCAACCCAAGGCCCCUUGGGCCGUGGUCUUGGACUCUGCUCCGGACAACGGGAACCCGACUACAAUCUCUUGCAGCCCUUCGAAGCCAUGCCAGAGGAGAUAUCUGGUUCAACCGUAUGGGUAAAGGAGGAGCUGAGUCAGAAUAGUGGGCGCUGGCUUUAUCGUUUUACCGAAGAUCAGGUAGAACACAUCAUUGCUGCCGUCCGCAAUAUCGAAAACCGAGGCUUUCAACUCUCUAAAGUCGACAAGGCAACCUUCGAGCUCCCUAGCCCCUUUGUGGACUUUCUAUACAGAAUUCGAGACCAACUGAUCAACGGGAUCGGCUUCGUCGUGCUACGUGGUCUUCCCGUCGAAUCUUGGACAACCCGACAAGCCUCAAUCGCAUAA